AUGGCGUGCAAAGCUGCCUUGCGGCCCCUUUGCUCACCCCUGAGUGACAGUCGACUCCAAUUCAGCCUUGUUUGCCAUGAAGCCUGUUAUCCCUGCAUGCCAAUAGGAAGGAGGUUUGCUUGCUUUGCGCAGAGGCUGAGCCACAGGAGAAAGCAGAGCCAAUGUGAUUUAGUGAAUGAAAGCCCUGGGCAAUUACCAACCACUUGUCCCUCAGCUGCCUCGAACAACCCAAGCUGGAACUGCCGUGUGAAAAUGACCCAGCAAAUGCAGAAUUUACAUCUCACUCAGUCGAAAAAACACAGCGCUCCAUCUUCUCCCAAUGCUGCCAAGCGCCUCUACAGAAACCUCUCUGAGAAACUGAAGGGCAGCCACUCUUCAUUUGAUGAGGCCUAUUUCAGGAGCAGAACUGACCGGCUCAGUCUUAGGAAGACCUCGGUGAACUUCCAGGGCAAUGAAGCCGUGUUUGAGGCCGUUGAGCAGCAGGACCUGGAUGCUGUGCAGAUCCUUCUGUAUCAGUACACGCCAGACGAACUGGAUCUCAACACGCCCAACAGUGAAGGGUUGACACCCCUGGAUAUUGCCAUCAUGACCAACAACGUGCCCAUCGCUCGAAUUCUCCUGAGGACGGGGGCCCGAGAAAGUCCACACUUUGUCAGCCUGGAAAGCCGAGCAAUGCACCUCAACACUUUGGUCCAGGAAGCCCAGGAGAGGGUCAGUGAACUGUCUGCCCAGGUGGAGAACCAAGGAUUCAGUCUGGACAACACAGAAAAGGAGAAACAGCUAAAAGCUUGGGAGUGGAGGUAUCGGCUCUACAGACGUAUGAAAACAGGCUUCGAGCAUGCCAUGGAAUGGAGCAUGUCUAAGGAGUUCUCUCCUUUGACUGGAGAAAUCAUCAUGGAUAAUCUACAGACUCUGAGAUGUACAAUCACAGGACUUGUCACGGGCCAACAGUACUUUGUCCAAGUCUCAGCUUACAACAUGAAAGGAUGGGGACCUGCUCAGACCACAACACCAGCAAGUGCCUCUCCUUCUAACUGGAAAGACUAUGACGACAGAGAGCCCAGACACAAGGGACAGAGUGAAGUUCUGGAAGGUCUCCUGCAGCAGGUCCGAGCCCUGCAUCAGCGCUACAGUUGCCGGGAAAGUUCAAAGCUACAAACUACAGGUCGUAAGCAGUCAGUAUCAAGAAGCCUGAAACAUCUUUUCCAUUCAUCAAACAAGUUUGUGAAGACCUUAAAACGAGGACUCUACAUAGCCGUUAUAUUUUAUUACAAAGACAAUAUGUUAGUCACCAACGAAGAUCAAAUACCAAUUGUUGAAAUAGAUGACUCGCACACCAGUUCUAUUACACAAGACUUUCUGUGGUUCACAAAGCUGUCUUGUAUGUGGGAAGAUAUAAGGUGGUUGCGGCAAAGCGUUCCUAUCUCCAUGUCCUCAUCCACAGUACUGCAGACUCGGCAGAAGAUGCUCGCAGCAACAGCUCAGCUGCAGAAUUUACUUGGAACCCACAAUUUGGGAAGAGUUUACUAUGAACCCAUAAAAGACAGGCAUGGAAACAUACUCAUAGUCACCAUCAGAGAAGUGGAGAUGCUCUAUUCAUUUUUUAAUGGAAAAUGGAUGCAAAUCUCAAAGUUACAAAGCCAAAGGAAGUCUCUGUCAACACCGGAGGAACCAACAGCCUUAGACAUUUUACUGAUAACCAUUCAGGAUAUUCUCUCCUAUCACAAAAGGAGCCAUCAACGCCUCUCUCCUGGAUUGUAUCUGGGUUACCUAAAGCUCUGUAGCUCUGUAGACCAGAUCAAAGUUCUUGUUACUCAAAAAUUGCCCAACAUCCUCUGUCAUGUGAAGAUCCGUGAAAACAAUAAUAUUUCCAAGGAGGAAUGGGAAUGGAUCCAAAAGCUUUCUGGCUCUGAAUCUAUGGAAAGUGUGGAUCAUACUUUUGACUGCCCCAUGCAAUUGUUCUUCUAUGAGCUCCAGAUGGCAGUGAAAGCUCUCCUUAAGCAGAUCAAUAUACCUCUGCACCAGGCAAGGAACUUCCGCCUCUACACACAGGAGGUGUUGGAAAUGGGUCACAAUGUGUCCUUUCUUCUCCUGCUCCCUGCCUCAGACGACGUCUGUACAGCCCCAGGACAGAAUAAUCCUUACACCCCACACUCAGGGUUUCUUAACCUCCCUCUUCAGAUGUUUGAACUUGGUAUACUAGCUUGUUUCACCUAG